AUAAUAAUGACGUCAUUUAGGCGCCAGUUAAGCCAUAUCCGAGAGACUCACUGAAGCGAGCUGAAAACAUGUAAAGUGUACUUGUGUUAUGAAUUUAUUGGAUAUCUUUUAACGGAUUAUUUCAUUUUACCCAAAGGAGCACAAUAUGAAGGCACUUCCAGCUGAGACUGUGCGUCUGUUGUGCAGCUCUCAGGUUAUCACAUCUGUCCUGAAUGUUGUCAAGGAACUGACUGAAAAUUCACUUGAUGCUGGUUCCUCAAGCCUUGAAGUUAAACUGGAGAAUUAUGGAUUGGAUCGCAUUGAAGUCAGAGACAAUGGUUCUGGAAUCAAAGCUACUGAUGUUCCUGUGAUGGCUGUAAAACACUACACGUCUAAAAUCUCCUGCCACGAAGACCUGGAGCAGCUAGAGACUUAUGGCUUUCGAGGAGAAGCUCUGGCAUCGAUAUGUGCCAUCUCAGAGGUGGUCAUCACUACCAAAACCGCAGAUGAUGAUUUUAGCAUUCAAUAUUCAGUCGAUCACACCGGACAGAUCGUCUCUCAAAAGCCAUCACAUCUUGGCGAGGGCACCACUGUGUGUGCAGCAAAUCUGUUCAAGAACCUCCCUGUCAGACGGCAGUAUUAUUCCAACACUAAGAAAUGCAAAGAGGAACUGAAGAGGGUCCAGAACUUACUCAUGGCCUAUGCUGUUAUUAAGCCUGAGUUACGGAUCACGUUGAGCCACAACAAGGCUGUGUUCUGGCAGAAAUCCAGGGUGUCGGAUCACCGAACUGCCCUCAUGGCCGUGCUCGGAGCGGCCUCCGUAGCCAACAUGCUCCCAGUCCAGCAUCACCAGGAGCAACCAGAGAUCAGCAUCGAUGGAUUCCUUCCCAAACCGGGCUCAGAUUUGAAUUCCACCAGCUCCUACACACCUGAUAAAACAUUCAUCUUUGUAAAUAGUCGACCUGUGCAUCACAAAGAAAUACUUAAGCUUAUCAAGCAAUAUUACACCAGUGCUCAAUCGAAUAAUGAAUCUGCAAACCGCCGAUAUCCCCUUUUAAUGAUGAACAUCACCAUACCCGCCUCGACGGUGGACGUUAACCUGACACCUGAUAAAACUGAAGUGAUGCUACAGAAUAAGGAAGAAGUCCUGCUGGCGGUGGAGACUAUGUUAAUCUCCUUGUACGGGUACUCCACUGGUGAUGAUAAUCUCAAAACAGGUGGAAAUCAGCCCAGCGCUAGUUCUGUGGAUGUACCUGAACACACUAAUGUAGUUGUACCUACAGCUACCACAGAUAUUAGUUUGAAAGACCCAGAAUUGCUUGAGAAUUCUUCCACAAAUGCAGAUAAACAAGAUGGUGAGCUAUCCUUGAGCAACACUGCAAACACCAGCUCCUCUUCGAUUUCUGAGGAUUGGGUGAUCAACAGAAGCUCAAGUGAUUUUGACAGUAUUAAUUCCUCAUUACCUGCUGAUGAUGUUGUAAUGAACUCUACAGCUGAUCUAAACUGUAACUCCCCAAAGGCGUCUAAGAGUGACAGUGGCCCUGGUCAAGAGAGCGAAGUAUCUGCUGAGAGCUGGAGCGCAGGCAGGGCCUUCUCAAAUCAAAUCACAGGAGAAUGCCUAGAACCUGUGAAACUCCAUGUCCCAAAAGCAAACGAAGACCUUGGAGGAACUGAGCCCACAAGUACGAGGUCUAGCCCGUCCAAGAGGCCCACUAACGUGAUUAUGGAGAAAAUGGCCAAGCUGACAGCCUACGAGCUGAUCAGCAACCGCUCUGUGCGUCAGCCCUCGUCUGCCUUUUCGCUGUUUGAGCAAGACACCAGAUCGCAGGUCCUCCAGGAGAACCCAAGAGCCAGUCCUCAGGAUGUCACAACUGCUGUGAAAGAGAGAUGGGAAAGCCUCGGGGAGGAAGACCGCAAGAAGUAUGAAAGCAAGGCAGAAAAGUCUCUGAACGCCUACAACCUUCAAAGGAAGAGGGCAACGGAGGGAGGUGGCCAGUGCGGAGAGGGCAAGAAGCAGAUGAGCGCAGAGUCUUCAUUGAACAAAGCUCAAGGCGUGAAGCGCAAGGCCCCCCUCGCCAACCAGCAGGCCCUGGACAAACUCUUCUCCUCUCAGCCCUCGAGUAAAAGGAGCCUUGCCAAGCUCUCCAAACCCCUCCCGUUCAGUAUUGCAACCCUCAAGCAGAGUCUUAACCUCCUCUCCUACCAGAACAGCUCAAGUGCGCAGGGCCUCAGGCUUGUAAACCGCUUGGCUUCUCACGGUGCCUGGGUCGUUUUAUGCGGCAGAAAGCUCAUGUUGUUGAACCCGUUUCGAGUGGAGGAGGCCUUGCUGUUUAAAAGACUUCUGAAGAAUAAUAUACUUCCAACCGUGAGGCUGCAGACCCCUAUCCUGCUGACAGAUGGGUCGAUUGGUGGGCCAGAGUACAUGGAUGUUCUCCUGAACAUGGAGAAAGACAGUGCCUGCUUUAAUGGAGACAUCUACUUCACUGAUCCUAGGCUUGUGGCAAAUGGUUUUGAGAUUAGGAUGAUUCCAGGUUCCUCGUCUUCUGAGAGGCAUGUUGAAGUGAUGGGCAUGGCUGACUGCAUGCCUUUCUUCGGGAUAGGAGACCUGAGGGAGAUUCUGCAGGCUAUAAAGGUCCGGGAUGCAAAAACCGUGGAGCAAUGUAGACCUCUCAAAGUCGCAAACUACCUAGAGAGUGAGGCUGUGAGACUAGCUAGACAGUUACCUCUAAACCUCUCCAGAGCUGAUGUCACAAACACGCUUUGCCGAAUGAAACAAGAACUUGAAGAGGAAAGUCAGGUCUGCAUUCACGGACGGCCAUUUUUUCACGACCUGGUUAGCAUUCCUGAAACCGAGCAGGAAGCUUUGCAAAUCAUGUCUAGUUCUUGUUAAGGAUUUCAUGGACUUCAUUAUAAGACCAUCCCUUCAUUAUAAUUGUUACACACUAACAUUUACUGUACCAUAUAGAGGUAUGAAAGUUGUCAUUUGGAAUAAUAAAUGUUUUUCUAGAUGAAUUAUUGUUUAUUCAUGAUUUGAGGUGUAAUUUCUCAUCAAACUGGGUUCUGAGUGUUUAAUCAAGAUAAAUAUGUAUUAACUAUGUGGGUUCAGCCCAGAAAGUCGUGUGUGAUCUAUGCACACAAAUCACUGUCGAUUCCAGUGUUGGAGUCAUUUCUUUUCAAUUUACAACAAAAUAUAAUAAUAAGUUAUAUGAACCAAUGUC